UCAGUGGGGCCCGUCCCGGAGCCGAGGGACGCUCUAGGCUGCCGGUGCGGUUCGUCAGCGCCAGGGCUGGGCUGAGGCGCCGUGGUACCAUGAGGCACCGAUAUUUGAGAGAUUAUGGCAUCUGAAACCCACAAUGUUAAAAAACGGAACUUUUGUAAUAAUAUUGAGGAUCAUUCCGUUGAUCUUCCUAGAAAAAAGAUCUCUAAUUUCACUAAUAAGAACAUGAAGGAGGUUAAGAAACCUCCAAAACAGUUGGCUGCUUACACAAAUAGAACAGUUGGACAAGCUGUGAAAAGCCCAGAUAAACUACGUAAGGUGAUCUGUCGCAGAAAGAAAGUUCAUCAUCCCUUUCCAAAUCCUUGUUACAGAAAAAAACAGUCCCCUAAAAGUGGGGGCUGUGACAUGGCAAAUAAGGAAAAUGAACUGGCUUGUGCAGGCCACCUGACUGAAAAAUUACGCCAUGACAGUCGAACAUAUUUGGUUAAUUCCAGUGAUUCCACUUCUUCACAAACAGAAAGCCCAUCAUCAAAAUAUAGUGGGUUUUUUUCUGAGGUGUCUCAGGACCAUGAAACAAUGGCCCAAGUUUUGUUCAGCAGGAAUUUGAGGUUGAACGUAGCUUUAACUUUCUGGAGAAAGAGAAGUAUAAGUGAACUUGUAGCUUAUUUGGUGAGGAUAGAAGAUCUUGGAGUUGUGGUAGAUUGCCUUCCUGUGCUCACCAAUAGUUUACAGGAAGAAAAACACUAUAUUUCACUUGGCUGCUGUGUAGACUUAUUGCCUCUAGUAAAGUCACUACUUAAAAGCAAAUUUGAAGAAUAUGUAAUAGUUGGUUUAAACUGGCUUCAAGCAGUCAUAAAAAGGUGGUGGUCAGAACUAUCAUCCAAAACAGAAAUUAUAAAUGAUGGAAAUAUUCAGAUUUUAAAACAACAAUUAAGUGGAUUGUGGGAACAGGAAAGCCAUCUUACUUUGGUUCCAGGAUAUACUGGUAAUAUAGCUAAGGAUGUAGAUGCUUAUUUAUUACAGUUGCAUUGAGAGAUUUCGUCUACUAAAGAACAUUUGGUUAUUCAGAACAUCCCUGGACUAUAGAAUUUUUUUUUUUUUUGAAGUCUCAUCCGAGAACUGUGGAAGAAGUCAAAUCCAUUUUUUCUUUUUAAAAAGCCACAUAAUAUAACCACUAAUGAAACCCUUACAAUCUGCUUCACAUUGAAGUGGAAAAAAUCCAAAGGAGCAGCUUCAACUUCAAUGAGGUGAAAAUGCACUAUGGAGAUUGCUCACCUUUGCUGCAUUUGGGAUUUAUAUGGUUAUUUGGUAACAUUGUUUAAGAACUACUGGGACUUAAUGCAAUCUUGCAUAAGACUAUAA